UUCAUCCGUGUCCUCGAGCAGCACCAGGCCUUCCUGCCGCUUUGGUAUUCACGCAAUCCAGUCCACAGAAGUUCAGAAGCUCAUCCAGGAGAUCCUGACUAUCGACGACCCAACUUCCCGGAACCGCCUCUGGGCACCCCACCGUGUCCCUUCGGCAACGCUUGCUACCGCCGCAAUCCCAUUCACUUUCAGCAGCAUUCACACCCUCCAGACUUCAAUUCCGCCCAGAACAUAAGCAACCGUCUCCGACAACGGAAAGCCAAGAAACCGCAGCAAGAUUUUGCUUCAGAGGACGAGGAGGAGGAGGAGGAUGAGGAGGAUCCUUUCGCUGAUGACAAUGACCAAGAUGCUGACUAUCGUCCAGGCGGGGAUAUAGACGACGAUGAUGAGGAGGACGAACUAGAGUUCGACAGCCAGCGCAUCAACAGCGAAGAUUACGAUUAAAUAGGAUCUGAAG